UGCGCUCUGUUCGCUAGUUAUUUGGUAAAAACUUUAAGAUUUGCCACCAAAAAAAAUCCAAGGUUUUAGAGCCUGCAGUAUAAAGGCAGCGGUUAUUUGUACAAAUUAUUCCAAAAUUCGUGGGAGCCCACCAACACGUUAUUAACCUUGUAAAAAAUGACCUCAGAAUUCUUCAAAAAAACCUUCCGUUUUGCUAUCGAUAGAGGAGGCACAUUCACUGACGUCUAUGCAGAGUGUCCCCAUGGAAAAGUUAGGAUUCUGAAGCUGCUGUCCGAGGACCCAGCUUACGAAGAUGCGCCACGGGAAGGGAUACGAAGAAUCCUGCAAGAGAAAGUAAUAUGCCCUGAAGUUCUUUAUGAAGAGGUGAUUGAGGUAGAUGAAAGAGUUGUACCAGUACAAGAAGACUCCAUGCUCAACGAAGAUCACAAAAUUAUCCAUGGAACAACAGGAGAAAAUUUGAAGCUUGAGCUCUGGCAAAAACUCGAUAAAGAAGCCCUUAAGAGGGAUUUAAAGCGAGUUUUGGACAAGGGAAUAAAAAGUUUGGCUGUAGUCUUGAUGCACUCUUACAUCUAUGAAACCCAUGAGAAGGCAGUUGGUGAACUGGCUAAGGAGAUGGGAUUUGAACAGGUUUCUCUAUCGUCUGUUGUCAUGCCGAUGAUGAGAAUAACACCAAGAGGCUACACAGCUUGUGCAGACGCAUAUCUCACACCCUGCAUCCAACGAUAUGUGUCUGGAUUUGCAUCUGGAUUCAAGGAUGGACUAAAGAAUCUCAAUGUCCUAUUUAUGCAGUCUGAUGGGGGAUUGACACCUGUCAGCAGGUUUUGUGGGUCGAAAGCCAUCUUAUCAGGUCCUGCUGGAGGAGUGGUUGGUUAUGCGAUGACAACACAUGGACGAGAAACUAAUARGCCUGUUAUUGGUUUCGACAUGGGUGGCACAUCUACUGAUGUAUCUCGCUACUCGGGUCAAUAUGAACAUGUCUUUGAGUCGACUACUGCUGGGAUAACCAUUCAGGCUCCACAGCUUGACAUUAACACUGUUGCAGCUGGAGGAGGCUCGCGGCUAUUCUUCAGGUCAGGAAAACCUGUGGUAGGUCCAGAAUCAGCAGGUGCCCAUCCUGGACCAGUGUGUUAUAGAAAAGAUGGAUAUUUAGCAGUGACAGAUGCAAAUCUUGUGCUUGGAAGACUUUUACCUGAAUAUUUUCCAAAGAUCUUUGGCCCGUCUGAAGACCAGCCUCUGGACAAGGAAGGUUCUUUAGAAGCAUUCACAAAAUUCACCCAGGAAGUGAAUGAUUACAUUUCCAGUCAACCAGGGGGUGAAGACCAGACCCCAUACACCGUCGAGGAACUGGCACUCGGGUUCAUCAAGGUAGCCAAUGAGAGCAUGUGUCGACCAAUCAGAAACCUGACCCAGGCACGUGGUCAUGACACAGCCCAGCACGUGCUGGCUUGCUUUGGUGGAGCUGGUGGCCAGCACGCAUGCGCUAUAGCAAGAUCACUUGGCAUGUCCACAGUGUUUAUUCACAGAUAUGCUGGUAUCUUGUCUGCUUAUGGCAUUGCACUGGCUGAUAUCGUCCAUGAGGCGCAGGAACCUUGUUCACACGUCUACGAAAAAGUAUGUGAGGACUGCAUCUUCACCGAGGUGUUCCUCAACAUGCGCUAUGACAAGACAGACUGCGCACUCAUGUGUAAUCCAACCACAGUCACCAAGAAUUCAAGUCGUCAUGGUGAUUUUGAGAAGUCUUUCCUUGAAAGGUAUCGCCGUGAGUUUGGCUUUGAUAUUCCUGGCCGCAAGAUCUAUGUAGAAGAUAUUCGUGUUCGUGGAAUAGGAGCAUCGAAGGUUGACCUCAAGGGAGCGGUGUCCAAUGCGUCUGGUCCGCCUAAACCUAAGAAGGUCACGGAUUGUUUUUUCGAGGAAGGAUUACUGAAGACAUCAAUAUACUUCCUGGAGGAUAUCAACAGUGGUUACGAUAUCGAAGGACCUGCCAUUAUCAUCGACAAAACCAGUACGAUAGUCGUUGAGCCAGACUGUACAGCGGUAGUGACAGUACACGGUGACGUGCGUAUUGAGAUCAAAGAGCACAAGGACAAAACCAAGGUCGGGACCGAGUUGGACAGAAUUCAGUUGGCUAUAUUUUCUCAUCGCUUCAUGAGUACAGCUGAGCAAAUGGGAAGCGUUCGUCGUAUCCGUUCCCUAGGUAACGAUUUAAGAGAAGGUGACGUCAUACUCACCAACCAUCCCGUUGCCGGAGGAACACACCUACCGGACUUGACCGUCAUUACACCGGUGUUUUACCCAGGUCAGUCCAGACCUGUCUUCUACGUUGCUAGUCGUGGCCAUCAUGCUGACAUCGGGGGCAAAGCACCAGGUUCAAUGCCGCCCAACUCCAAGAGCAUUUUUGACGAAGGCGCUGUCUUCAAAUCAUUCAAGUUGGUCACCAAUGGACAGUUCAAGGAAGCAGCCUUGACAGAAAAGCUGAUGGAGCCAGGCAAAUACCCCGGGUGUAGCGGGACUCGCAACUUAGAGGACAACAUUUCAGAUCUGCGUGCUCAGGUGGCGGCCAAUCACAAGGGUAUAUCACUGAUCAAAGAGCUGAUAGAUGAAUACAAGCUAGACGUCGUCCAGGCCUACAUGAAUCAUAUACAGCAUAACGCUGAAGAUGCCGUUCGUCAAAUGCUUCAGGUCGUGGGGAAGAAGUUCAAGGAAGAAACAGGUCAGACCCGUUUCUCAGCCAGAGAAUACAUGGAUGAUGGUACUGCGAUACAACUGACUGUCUCUAUUGAUCUGGACACGGGAAGUGCUGUGUUUGACUUCGAAGGGACUGGACCCGAGAUGUAUGGCAACUGUAACGCACCCAGAGCCAUCACAUUCUCUGCUAUCAUCUACUGUCUACGAUGUAUGGUAAAUCAAGAUAUCCCCCUUAAUCAGGGAUGUCUUAAUCCAGUGACGGUCAAGAUUCCCAAGUCAAGUCUUCUAUCGCCAUCAGAGAAUGCUGCCGUGGUGGGAGGCAACGUACUCACAUGUCAGAGAAUCGUAGAUGUUGUGUUUAAAGCCUUCAAGGUCUGCGCAGCCUCACAGGGCUGCAUGAAUAAUGUCACGUUUGGUGACGCUAAGUAUGGUUAUUACGAAACAAUCGCUGGUGGAUCUGGAGCGGGUCCCACAUGGGAUGGCCGUAGCGGUGUGCAUGUACACAUGACAAAUACUCGCAUCACUGAUCCAGAGGUCCUGGAAUCAAGGUAUCCCGUGAUGCUUAGGCGCUUCCAUUUGAACCCAGGCACCGGUGGACGAGGAUUACACAGGGGAGGUGACGGGGUGAUAAGAGAGCUACUUUUCAGACGUCCUGUCGAGCUGUCUGUCCUUAGCGAGAGAAGAGCUUUCCAUCCUUAUGGCCUUGAAGGCGGUGAACCUGGCGCGUGCGGGCGAAACUUGUUAAUUUAUUCAGAUGGUCAUGUGGUGAACUUGGGCUGUAAAACUCUGGUUUCUGUUCAACCAGGGGAUUGUUUCCACAUUGAAACCCCUGGGGGAGGGGGGUACGGUAAACCAUCCGACAACACCGAUGAAGCCGACAACGAUGGAAGACCAGCGAAACGCAGACGACUAGAAAAUGCAAGCCAACUGUACAUGGAGAGARGUUCGCUUCAUAACUAUAAACUGAUGCAGGAAUCGGCUUGAAUUGUUUCAUUUUAAGGUAUUAUUUCGUAUGUGAAAGAGAAACAUAGGUUCUUCGACUAUUGAUUCAGAACAACUUCCUGGUCGACAACAAAAAGCAGUUUUAUGAAGGUUUUUUCCUUACUUUUUUCUUCAUGGCUUUGGAUUUGUUGUCUAAAGUUUUUGUUUCGGCUGGAGGUUAAAUUAUUGAGAACAUUUUUCGCUUUAUUUUAGCGGUUUUUGAGCAAUUAGACCCACAAAAAUACGUCACAACUUAAAAGCUCUUUGCUAAGCACCUCGUGUCAUUCAAAUAACUUCCCUUCUCAGCCAAUUCAUAGAUAAUAGAGGGAUAUUAACUAUAACUAUCUAUUAACUAUGGCCAAUUAGAAUGCUAGAAAAUCCAUUCCGUCCAAUCAUAGUCUGUAUCUAUAUCUCUUUUUCAUCUUUUUAUAGUUUUUUUUUUAUUCUUAUUAAUCUAGGUUAUAUUUUUUUAAACAUUGGUCGCGGUAAAAAUUUUUGUAUUUGAACUGCAUGGGUUGUGAUGAAUGGUGAAUAUUUUUUUCUAAUUAUAUGAGCCCGCAAAACGAAAACAUGCGCACGCACAUACGGUUUGACCAAUCACAAAACGCGUUGCUUGCGAGAGCCUUCGGUUUACUGGUCAGCAGUAACAAAUUUUCAGAACGAAUAUUCUAAUUCUGUAAUUUAGAAGUGUUAUUAUAAUAAUAUUUUUCUUUUCAAGAUCGAAAAAAAACGGGUCAAAAAUGUAUUUUUUGCAUGGUAGGUAAACUCAGAUGCAAUUAAUCUUCUUACUAAUUUUAUGAAUAAAAAAAAAUAGGGAAAAAGAUUA